GGUGUUUCCCGUGACGAGUUUCUCCCCAAAACACAUCCAUCCUCAUAUUUGUCCCGUCUUUGUCUUCAUUUCUGACUACUUUUCGCAGUGAAUUUUAGAAAACUACCCGGAUGUUUAACAAACACACUGCACAAUAUAUGCGAUUGUUGGCGAAUGGCGCAGCUGCAUUUGAGCGCGCGGUGAUUGGUGGACCAUCCUUCACAUCUGCAGUUUCUACACAGCGUCUCUGGGGAAGCUUCAACUUUCAGCAGCGCCACCAUCCGUCAACUGGAGAAAAUGAGCUAAAAUGGGAGGCGCAGUCAGUGCUGGAGAGGACAAUGAUGAGUUGAUCGACAACCUGAAAGAGGCCCAGUACAUCCGCUCAGAUCUGGUAGAGCAUGCCUUUAGGGCCAUUGAUCGUGCCGACUACUAUCUGGAAGAGUUUCGUGACAGCGCCUACAAGGAUCUGGCCUGGAGACACGGCAACAUCCACCUCUCUGCACCCUGUAUCUACUCUGAGGUGAUGGAGGCUCUGGAUCUGCAGCCGGGUCUGUCCUUUCUCAACCUGGGCAGCGGCACAGGCUACCUCAGCACCAUGGUGGGACUUGUACUGGGGUCAUUUGGUGUAAAUCAUGGUGUUGAAUUGCAUGAAGAUGUUAUAGAGUAUGCGUAUCAGAAGCUGGACUUCUUCAUCAAGACCAAUGAUAGUUUUGACAGGUUUGAUUUCUGCGAGCCCUCCUUUGUGGUGGGCAACUGUUUGGAGAUUGCGCCAGAAAGCAGACAGUAUGACAGGGUUUACUGUGGCGCAGGAGUCCAGAGGGAACACGAAGACUACAUGAAGAAGCUGUUGAAGGUUGGAGGAAUCCUAGUACUGCCACUGGAGGAAAAGCUCACUAAAAUUACUCGGACAGGAUAUAACACAUGGGAAAUGAGAAAGAUAAUCGCUGUAUCCUUCGCACCACUUGUGCUCCCAAAACACAAAGAAAAUGGCAAACCGAGAGCAGUCUCUCUACCUGCUAUGUUCGAGGUGCGGAGUCUUCAGGAUUUGUCUCGCAUCAACAUCCGUCACAUUCUGAAGAAAUGUGGAUCCGGAUCUUUGCCACAACCUCGGAGAACUGGACUGAAGCGAAGAAACCAUCGCUCUCAGAAACGUGAGCACCGCGACACCCCUCUCCUGACCAACAGUUAUCUGUUCAUGAGUCGCUUGAUUCCAGGACCCAUGGACAACAACAACAACCAGUCCUCCACAGACAAUGAGGACGAAGAUGAAGACCUCCGACGGGUCUGUGAACUAGAGGAGAAAGAAGAGAACGAGAGGAGGAAAGAGGGCAGCGUUUUGGUGAUGGACACUCCAGUAAACCUCUUAAGGGAGAGGAUCCUCGGUCUACCUUUGCCAGAGCCUCUCAAGAUGUAUCUCCUCUACUACAGAGAGAAGUAAACCUCCUUUUCCAAAUCAGUAGCCUACUCACAGCUAACUAACACUGUCAUGGUUCUUUAGUCAACCACUUUCCUUGUCAUGGUCACUUUUUAUUAUUGCGCCGCUUUUUUGUAAUGCCAAGUUAAGAUGCAUCGUUUCAUUUAUCUGAUGGGAAAAUAUGGUUCCACCAAGUCACAGAGAAAUGCUAAUCCAUUUAUAAUGGGAUCAACAAAUGGAUUGAAAACUCAAUCUUAGUUGCGUAUUAUUUGUGAUGGGAUUUAAAAAAAAGGAUUGGCUGAUAAUUUGCUAAAUCUUAAAUGCAAUGUAUUCUCACUUGUUUUGUGUGUUAUUAUAUACCGUCUAGUUUCAGUUAUUGGAUUUACUAUGAGAAGAGAAAAUCAGAAAAUUCUUGUCUAAUCGUGUGCUGGAUUACUCUUAUAUUGUGUGAAAAUACAAAGACACGUUUAAAGAUGUCAGUUGUCCAUCCAAAUUUGUGUCGUAAAAUUUCAGGAUGAAAGACUUUAAUAGGUUAACAGAUGUUUUGCCAAUGAAAAAAAAGAGAACUUGUUUUUGUUUGUUUGUUUCCAGGACUUUUGUGUUUGCUUUUAAAUAGCCUAUAGUGAUUCUGAAUUCAGGUUCUGGUGUGCACUUUGUAAUGUUGAAUGCAACACAAGAUUAACUGAUUGUUUUUUGAAUUAUACUUGUUUUUUACUAUAUUCCAAUAUUAUGACCAAUCUUUCACCUUCAGAAUAUUUUUUUAAAUCUGUGGGAAAAUGUUAAGUAGAAUUGCUUAUUAACUGUAAUGUAUCACUAUUGAAAGUGUACAUGUGACAGUUGCUUCAGUUUAAUCGGGUGCCAAAGGGUUAACCCUUAUGUGCUGUUGGGGAUGUUUUAAUCCACUCUGGGGUGAUUUUUUUUGUCUUAAUUUGGCCACAACUUUCUCUGUGUUUCCGCUAGCAGAAUGAUUUUUGGUGACAAAUC